GGAGACAUGAUAUCAAAACAUUACACAGGUACUGGUUCUACACAUACAGAUGUAACCAAAAAAGGUAAAAGGGAUUUUGCAGGUCUUCUUUAACAUGGAUAUAAAAGUAUUUCACGCUUUUAUUUAUAAAACUUUGAGGAUAAUAUUAAAUAGGAUGCAAUAGAUUUAGUUGUAGGAUAACAUACUUAAAAAAAUGAGUUCGAUGAAAAUAUAGAAAAUGAACUUACUAAAAAAUAAGAACAAUUUUGCAAUUUUUCUUAGUUUUAAUUAUUGGUUUUAACCUGGAAUUUGUAAGGAAAUGAACUUAGUUAAGAAUGUAUUAAAGAUCUUUUAAAUUUUAAAGAAUAAGUAGAUAUUUUAGUUAUUGGUCUUUAAGAAAUUAUCCCUUAAAAUAUAAAAAAUAAUGAACCUUAAGUUAAAAAAAUAGUAUUACUUAUUUAGAGAUUUUUAAAUAAUUAUUCCUUAGUUUCAUAUAAGGAUUUAUUUGGAAAUCUGAGUUUAAUUUUUGCAAAAAAUAAUAUUAAAGAAAAAGUAUA